GUACGACCUUACGACGUUUACGUCAAUGAGAGUUUGUUCAUCUUAACAGAGUGAGAAAGAAUGAUUGACACCGUUCCAUUUGAUGUCACCUCAGGGGUUCAUACCUGGAACCCCCUCCUUCACCAAGAAUGCCUUAGAUUCAGAAGAGCUGCCAUCCUAUUCAGUCUACCUGACCUAGCUGUCCUGGAAGUGGUCGAUCAAUAGCCUGGGCGAACCACACUAAAUGCACACGAUAUUGUUACAGAACCUAGGGUUAUUGUCGGAGAGCGCCCUUAUCACCUCCCAGUAGCUUAACAAUUUGACCACACUGGACAUGACAAAAAGAUAUUGGCAAAUUCCUUUAAUGGAAUCCGCAAAGGAAAAAAACACAUUCAGUACCCUGAGUGGACACUGGCAUUAUUAGGUUCUCCUGUUUGGCUUACACUGGGCCCAAUCAACCUUUUCCAGCAUCUGGUGGAUAGAGUGCUACGUUCCCACCAAGUCUUAGAUGGCAUAGUCAUCUAUUCUGGGACAUAGAAGGAUCACAUACAGCAUGUGUGUACAGUGCUGCUGGCACUAAGCAAAGCCGGACUGAAAACAAAUCUGAAAAAAACGUACUUUUGGAUUAACUGAGGUUAAAUAUUUAGGUUAAUGAGUUAGUGAGCAGAGGUACCGUACAUCCACAAUGUUCUAAAGUUGAAGGCAUCCUUAAAUGGCCCUGUCAGAAAACCAAGAGGAAGGUUCAAGCUUUCUUGGAACUGGCAGGUUACUAUUGCAUGUUUGUACCCUGCUUCUCUUAGAGGGCAGUGCCUCUAACAGACUUGGCAGUCUAUCUUACAGACCAAUACUUCGGAAACAGGUCUGGGUGCCAUCCUGAGCCAAAGCAUCGAUGGUGUAGAACAUUCCAUAGUUUACUUGACCCAGAAACUUCUGGAUCGGGAAACCAGGUAUACGGUAGUAGAAUGGGAAGCUCUUACAAUCAAAUGUGCUAUUAACCAGGGGCCUCAUGUAUAACGCCGUGCGUAGAACUCGCACUAUAACAUGGCGUAAGCACAAAAGCCGAAAUGUGCUUACGCACACAAAAUUUCAGAUGCAGGAAUCUGUGCGUACUCCAACUUCCACGUUCUUUCGCUACAUAAAUCCCAGUCAGCGUGGAAAUUAGCGCACGUGCACGAGCUUACUGCCCCACCCCAACUCCUCCCAGAAUUACGCCUCUUUGAAUAUGCAAAUCAAUAUAAAUAGCCCCUUACCGUCAGCGCUUCAGCAAGACAAUGGCAAAAGCACGUGGGAAAAAAAAAAAAAAAAACUUCAGCGAUUGUGAAAUGGAGGUCUUGCUAUCUGAAAUAGAGGCCAGGAAAAAUGUUUUAUUUAGCAACCUAGGAAGCGGCAUCAGCAACAAAAGGAAAGUGAUGGAGUGGCAUAGCGUGGCGGACGCAGUCAAGAGUGCUGGGGCAGAAGAUCGUACUGUGAGCGAAUUAAAAAAGAAGUGGUCAGACAUCAAAGUUGCCGUGAAAAGGAGAGUGGCAGCUCAUCGUCUGCAUGUUAGCUCCACUGGAAGAGGCACUGAACUCCCGGAGCUCACACCAUUUGAACAGCGAGUUGCAGCAAUAAUUGGCGACACACUCAUUGUCGGCAUUCUACCUGCGGGUGAGGGAGAUUCUGACAUCACCACAGGUGCCGACAAUAGUACAAAAGCUGACCCAAAUGAGGAGAAUAUGGUUCCGGGCGAUGCUGGUGCUGCUUCUGUGCCGACCACAUCUUCGGGCGCUGGCUGCUCACACACCCCUGCUUCGGAAACUGGUGGACGAUCAUCUGGCCGUGUACUGACUGAUGCAGUCCUAGAAUCACAAAAUGCAUUGGUGAAUGCGGUGAGAGAUGUGGCCAGUGCACAACGGGAUGUAGCCAAUGAACUAAGAAAUAUCAAGGACGUAUUGCAUGACAUUAGCGAAAAAUUAACUGUAUUUGGUAAGAAAAUAAAUGAUGAAUCCACUUACCUGUUUUUACAUUCUGUCUAUUACAUCCAUUCGACAUUGUAAUGCUGUCCGGUGUGGCUGAUCAUUUGGUGGUCCAGGGUCAGGUUCAUCAUACCGCAUCUCUUCAGGUACCGGCAAGUUACGAAGGAGUGCCAUAUUAUGUAGAAUGGUACA